AUGUCUAUACCAAACACACUCUUUAGAGGAGCCACGAUAGGCAGCACAUUCACCACCGCAGAACAAGUCCAGCAAGCCCUCGGUCACCUCAAAGAACUGAAGCCCGAUACCCACCCCAUAGCCCUGGUCGCUCUGAAUCUCUUUGAAGAGGUACGAGCUGCGAAGCAAGGGUUCACCAUUGAUACUAAAAUCAGCCCCGGCAAUGAUAGUGCAGGUGCCCAUACGGCUACUGCAAUUAGAGAGUCACUUGAAAAGAGCCUCGGCCGUCUGGCGAUAGAUAAAGUCAAUAUUCUCUAUUUCCAUCGUCCGGAUCUUUCGACACCGAUCCUUGAACAGGCUGCUGAGAUCAAUAGGCAAUACUUGGAAGGUCGCUUUCAGAAGUUCGGUCUAUCCAAUUUCCCACCGGAGCUGGUCGUGGAAUUCAUCACAAUCUGUGAAGAGCACAACUAUAUCAAGCCAAGCGUGUAUCAAGGUCUAUACAAUCUUCUCAGCCGGGGCAGUGAACAGCUUGUUCCACUUCUCCGUCAACAUGGAAUUGCCUUCCAAGAAUAUAGUCCCCUUGCAGGCGGUUUUCUAACAGGCCGAAUGACUCGCGGUGACGUCGUCGGUAACGGAUGCGCACCAGGAAACACCGCUUUCCAAGGUUAUAGUAGCAUGUACGAUAAGCCGGAGAUGCAUGCCGCUAUUACCGACCUUCAGGAUACGAUCGAGCCACUUCAAAUUUCAGGAUCUCAGGCUUGUUUACGAUGGAUAUACUACCAUUCAAUGCUAGGGGAGGGGGAUCGUGUGAUUUUGGGUGCUAGUAAGAUUUCACAGAUUGUUCAGAAUGUGGAUGAUGUUUCUAAAGGGCCAUUGCCGGUGGAGGUUGUGCAGAAGAUUGAUUUACUUUGGGAGAAACUGUGUUGA